CUUUUCAAUAAUCGGUACAAUUACCUGAAGCUGUGCAGUAGGGACAGCGACAGUCUCAUUGCCCAUGCAGCAACAGUGAAGCAAGGGUGCCGGGAAUUCAAGCUGAAAUCGCUUACUGAAGACAAACUUGAGUGUCUGAUACUGGUAUGCCGCUUCCAAUCUCCCAAGCAUACCGAGAUCCGAACCAGAAUACUUGGUUGUUGGAGCGAGACCCGAACGUCACACUGCAAGCUGUCAUUGCAGAGGCCCAGAGAACCAUCAAUUUACAACACGAUGCAGCUGUGCUCGAGGAUACGAAGGCGCAUUCCAGUGAUUUCGCAGUUCAGCAGAUUUCAAGGAACAAGUUUCCGGCCAUUGAGCACAAGGAAACCACUCAAGGUAAGCCACUAUCAGCAUGUUGGCGAUGCAGCGACUGGCAUUUUGUUAGCUGGUGUCCAUUCAACAAGCAUAUCUGCCAGAAAUGUCGUAGACGUGGGCACAGAGACUCAUUGCGGAUCUCAGCCAUUUUUCAGACCGGUUGCUGAUGCACGAAAGAAAACCUACGGUGGUUUCGCGAGGAGAGUGAAUACAAAUUUUACUGACGAUAUCAGAGAUCGUAGAAAGUACAUUAACAUCACCAUCAAUGGAAGACGAGUGCAUUUGCAGAUCGAUACGGCCUCAGACAUUACGAUCAUAUCAGAAAGGCUGUGGAGAACUGUCAGCAG